AUGGAUCCGCUAAUAUCGUGGAUUCUUUUUCUUGGUAUAUCAGGAACCGUAUAUAUUGCGCUGCGUGGAAUGCCGUCUUUGGGUUUUUCUAUGAAUGACAAAGCUGCUUCAGGAAGAGCAGAUGGUACAUCUUUUUCUAAGCGGAUACGCAAGCGGCGCCGGAUAGACCGUGCUGUCGAUGAAGUCCGCGAGGUUCGUCUCGAGCAGUGCGAGCAGCGCGAGCAGCGCAUACACAAGGCAGAAAAGCCUCAGCAGGCCGCAGAGCCGCGCAUAGAUAAAGCAGAACCACGCAUAUACCGGCUGGAACAGACGGAACAAGUGCUUCUGCACCCAACAGACGCAUCAGUGAGCACAUCUGUGCAUGUACCUGCAAAUGCGUCUUUUACCACGUCUUUCGGGAGCCGAAAGACUGAGUCGUUGCUGGCGACGCCUACAAAGAAACAAAAGCAAAAUGCACUGAAACGCGAGAAACAAAAGCUGGUCAAGGCGCGUAUGGAGGAAGAGCGUCUUCAGAAUCUUUUUCAGCAUCAAAAGAUGCUUGAAGAAGAACGCCAGCGUACAUUGGCUCAUAAACGGCUAUCAAAGCCAAAUACUCAUGCUUGGCUGCCGCGUGCAGUCUCCGAUGAGUGGACAGUAGUUGGGGCACGGGGUGCACGACAUGCAUCGUCAGUAGCAUCAACGAUGACAUAG